AUUUCGUAACGCUUGAAACGUCACGUAUUGGCGGGCGGUUACGUAAAAUGUGGGGUUAUAGUGUUGUUUUGUGAUUAGAUAAUUUCAAUGAAAAUAACCACCCUUAUCAAAAAUAUAAUUAUCGGAGUGCCCAUCGGUGUUACAAUCCUUGAUACUGUCGGUUAUGUAGCUCGUGUGGAUGGAAUUUCCAUGCAACCAGCUCUGAACCCUCACCAAAGCACAACAGAUUAUGUUUUUCUGAACAGGUGGUCUGUGAAAUCGUACGACAUAAAAAGGGGGGACAUAAUAUCGCUUAUCUCUCCCAAAGAUCCGACACAGAAGAUCAUAAAGCGAGUAGUGGGAAUUCAAGGUGAUGUAGUGGCCACUCUUAGUUACAAAUCAACAGUUGUUCGAAUUCCUGAAGGACACUGUUGGGUGGAAGGUGACCAUACUGGUCAUUCCAUGGACUCGAAUAACUUUGGUCCGGUCUCUCUUGGCUUAGUUACAGCAAAAGCUUCGUGUAUUGUAUGGCCACCGUCAAGGUGGCAAUUUAUACAGUCCUUCUUGCCUGCCUCCCGUGUACCCCUGAACCUCUCUUCCAAGUCGUUGUUAUAGUUUUAAGACAAAAUGCGUGCUAUUUCACUAGUUAAUCGUUUAGAGUUUCAAUUUAUGGGCAAUGUUGCUAGAAACGCUGUUACUUUAGGGGAUAUAGACAAUGAUGGGUGUAAUGAACUAAUUAUAGGAAAUAACAAAGGUGAAGUCGCGAUUUUUAAGG